UUCUUCUCCGGGGGAAUUUAAAGGCUGCAGACAUGGACGAGGAAAACCAAGUACCCGAGGACCUGUCUUUGGAGGAAAAAGAUGAGCUGUCGAACAUACGACGCAGGAAAAAAGAGCUGCUGGAUGAUAUUGAACGGCUGAAGUUUGAGAUCGCAGAGGUCAUGACUGAGAUUGAGCAGCUAACCUGUGUGGGGGAGAGCAAAACCACACAGAGAAACAAACAGAUCGCCAUGGGCAGGAAGAAGUUCAACAUGGACCCUAAAAAGGGAAUCCAGUUUCUUUUGGAGAAUGAUCUUCUGCAGCACACCCCAGAAGACAUUGCACAGUUCCUCUACAAAGGCGAGGGGCUCAACAAAACAGUCAUCGGGGACUACUUGGGAGAACGGGACGACUUCAACAUCAAGGUCCUCCAUGCAUUUGUGGAGCUUCAUGAGUUUGCGGACCUCAACCUCGUACAGGCCUUACGGCAGUUUCUGUGGAGCUUCAGACUUCCUGGCGAAGCCCAGAAGAUUGAUCGCAUGAUGGAGGCAUUUGCUUCCAGGUACUGCAAUUGCAAUCCUGGCGUCUUCCAGUCCACAGACACCUGCUAUGUCCUAUCGUUUGCCAUCAUCAUGCUGAACACCAGCCUGCACAAUCCCAACGUCAGAGACAAGCCCCCUGUGGAGCGCUUCAUCUCCAUGAACAGAGGGAUCAAUGAGGGGGGGGACCUCCCAGAGGAUCUACUCAGGAAUCUAUACGACAGCAUCAAGAGUGAACCCUUUAAGAUCCCAGAGGACGAUGGGAAUGACCUGACGCACACGUUCUUCAACCCAGACAGAGAGGGCUGGCUGCUCAAAUUAGGGGGCCGAGUAAAAACCUGGAAGAGACGGUGGUUCAUUCUGACGGACAACUGCCUCUACUACUUUGAAUACACAACAGACAAGGAGCCUCGUGGGAUCAUCCCUCUGGAGAAUCUCAGCAUCAGGGAGGUGGAGGAGCCCAGGAAACCUAACUGUUUUGAGCUCUACAACCCCAACCACAAGGGCCAGGUGAUCAAAGCCUGCAAGACUGAGGCAGAUGGCCGUGUUGUCGAGGGAAACCAUGUGGUGUACAGGAUAUCAGCACCCACGCCAGAGGAGAAGGAAGAGUGGAUUAAAUCCAUCAAGGCCAGCAUUAGCAGGGAUCCCUUCUACGACAUGCUGGCCACCAGGAAGAGGCGCAUCGCGAACAAGAAGUGAAGAGGGACAAUCUUCACGACCCCCAACUGCCCAUCUUUCUCUCCCUCAGUUCGUGAACACGUAUAUCACACACUACAAAGCUGGUUCACCGCAGAAGUGACUGUAAACCUAAGAAAAAGUCAGCUUUUCUUCUGGACUGUCCACAAGUCUGUGUUGAGGAGACAUCACACACUACCGAGGGAACGGCAGAGCACCAGGAAACUCAGAUGUACAUGAGCAACCAAACAAUCAGUUUGUUUCUCCUCCAUCUCAUACACACUCCCCUACCUCCCUCUCAUGGUCAUGAUAUGUUUCUAGGUCUCCUCAAAGCACAACU